ACCUUUACUGCUCUGCUGUAGGCCUACCCAUCUGAGAGGAGCAGCUUUGUGCAGCUGCAGAAGGGAUCGUUCAUCAAAUUUGGACAACAUGGCAGACAAAGACACUGUAGAGAAGUUCCUUGACAACAACCCACAGUUUGCUAAGGAGUACUACGACAAGAAAGUCAAGGCAGAUGUGAUCACUGGUGCCUUCAACAACCAGGUCCAGGUCAAAGACCCAGCCUCUUACAAUGAUGUCACCACCAUCCAGGAGGCUGAGUUCAUAUUCGAACUCAUAAAGGGGAUGCAAGGCAACACCCCGAUGGAAAAAGCCCUGCAUACAAUUCUCCAGAGGAUUGCUCUGCUGGUCCAGGCCGAUCGCUGCAGCUACUUUGGCUACAGGGCACGUAACGGAAUUCCUGAGCUGACCACGGUCCUCUUCGACGUGUCACACAAUUCUCCAUUUGAAAAGAAUUUAGUGGAUCCCAAUGCAGAGAUUGUUUUUCCCACCGACAUGGGAAUUGUUGGAUGGACGGCACACUCCAAGAAGCCUCAGAACAUUGCUGAUGUCAAGAAGGACUCUCAUUUCAGUGACUUUGUGGAUAAACAGCACAAAUAUACCACGAAAUGCAUGAUUACUGCUCCCAUUAUGUGUGAGAAGGAACCCAUUGGUGUCAUCAUGGCACUCAACAAACAAGGUGCUGAUGCAUUUUCAAAGAGUGAUCAGGAGCUUUUUAAUAAAUAUGUGAACUUUGCUGCUGUGGUCGCUCUCCAAGCCCACACUUCAUGCAUGUGGGAUGUAGAGUCCAGGAGAAGCCAGGUGUUGCUGUGGUCAGCCAGCAAAGUCUUUGAAGAGCUGACAGAUAUUGAGAGGCAGUUUCACAAAGCCUUGUACACAGUGAGGACAUAUGUCAAGUGUGAGAGAUACUCUGUGGGACUCCUGGACAUGACCAAAGAAAGGGAAUUCUUCGAUGAGUGGCCAAUCAAACUAGGAGAACAGGAGCCAUACAAAGGCCCCAAAACACCUGAUGGGAGAGAAAUCAACUUCUACAAAAUUAUUGACUACUUGCUGGAAGACAAAGAGGAGAUUAAAGUUAUCCCCGGCCCUCCUGCCGACCACUGGGCUCUGGUCAGCGGACUCCCAGCAUAUGUGGCUGAAAAUGGAUUUAUCUGCAACAUGAUGAAUGUUGGAGCAGAUGACUACUUCAAAUUUCAGAAAGAAAUGGUGGAUGAGACUGGAUGGAAGAUUAAGAACGUCCUGUCCCUCCCCAUUGUCAACAAAAAGGAAGAAAUUGUUGGUGUUGCCACUUUUUACAAUAGAAGUGAUGGCAAACCAUUUGACGAGAAUGAUGAACAAAUUACAGAAGCUCUAACCCAGUUCCUUGGCUGGUCCACUCUGAAUAGCGACACAUACGACAAACUGAACAGGACAGAGUGGAGGAAAGAUAUUGCACAGGAAAUUCUCAUGUACCAGACAACAGCCACACUAAAUGACGUGCAGACCAUUCUGAACACUCAAGACAAGUUUGGCUCUGCACCAGAGGACUGUGACCAGAAGGAGAUGUACAAACUGUUGAGAGGCAACAUCCCUGACGCCAAGAAGGUGGAGCUGCUUGAGUUCCGCUUUAGUGACUUCCCCUUGUCUGAGUUGGAACUCAUCAAGUGUGGCAUCCGCUGCUUCUUUGAGCUGGGGGUGGUAGAGAAGUUCAAAGUCCCAGCUGAGAUCCUGACACGAUGGAUGUUCACCGUUCGCAGGGGAUACCGUGACAUCACCUACCACAACUGGAGGCAUGGCUUCAACGUUGGACAAACCAUGUUUGCUUUGCUGCUAACAGGCAAACUGAAGAAGUAUUACUCCGAUCUCGAGGCCUUUGCCAUGGUAGCUGCCGGAUUCUGCCACGAUAUUGACCACAGAGGAACCAACAAUCUCUACCAGACAAAGAGUUUAUCCCCACUGGCAAAACUGCACAGCUCCUCAAUUAUGGAGCGGCAUCAUCUUGAGUACAGUAAGACACUGAUGGAGGAUGAGAACCUGAAUAUCUUCCAAAACCUUCAGAAGCGUCAGUUUGAGACGGUGCAGCAUCUGUUUGAAGUUUGCAUAAUUGCCACUGAUCUCGCCCUUUACUUCAAGAAGAGAACAAUGUUCCAAAAAAUUGUGGAAGCUGUGGAGGUCAUGCCAGAGGAGAAAGACAAGAUCAACUACAUCUCCAACAAUGCAACCAGGAAGGAAAUUAUCAUGGCAAUGAUGAUGACAGCUUGUGACCUGUCAGCCAUUACAAAGCCAUGGGAGGUUCAGAGCAAGGUCGCUCUAAUGGUGGCAGCAGAAUUUUGGGAGCAGGGAGACCUCGAAAGGACAGUCCUUGACCAGCAGCCUAUUCCAAUGAUGGACAGAAAUCAUGCUGAGCAGCUGCCUAAGAUGCAGUGUGGUUUCAUCGACUUUGUCUGCUCCUUUGUGUACAAGGAGUUUUCUCGCUUUCACACAGAGAUUGCCCCCAUGUUCAAUGGGCUGAAUAUCAACAGAGGCGAGUGGAGAGCUCUCGCAGAUGUCUAUGAGGCCAAGAUGAAGGCUAUCGAAGACGAGAAGAAAAAGCUGGAAGGUGGAGGCGAACAAGGUCAAGCUGGCGGGAAUUCAAAGACAUGCGUUAUCUUCUAGACCUCCAUUUUAUGAAUGUUUGUCUGGA